AUGUUGGACGUAAGCCUGGCAGAUACGCCUUGUGGAGAGAUUGAUAGAAACGAUGCGAACGAUACUGGAACAGUCGGACAACUGCAAGAAAGCAAAGUGCAGCAUGUUGAUUGUGGCCUUAAAGGAGAUUUGGAAAGAUCCCAAUCGAUUUUGGCAACUGGUGUUAGGUCGCCCACCGCAAGCAGAAAGGAGAAGUCCUGCUGUCGCGUCUUGGGUUGCAGCACGCGAGCCACUGUCCGUGGACUGUGCUACGCCCACGGUGGAUAUUAUAUCUGCAAGACUGAAGGGUGUACCAAAAGAGCAAUCUCGCGGCACCUGUGCCGUUUUCAUGGAGGCGGAACGAAGUGCAAGUCUGACGGCUGUGAGAAGCUUGGCUUGCCUACGGGUAAAGGAUUCUGCUACAAACAUGCUCGAGAGAAUGGCAUUCAAGUGAAACCCAAUUGCAAGAUUGAAGGCUGCACCAACCUGCGCCAAAAGUUUGGUCGUUGCAAAAGGCAUCGCGAUGUCCCGAUUGAAUCGGGAACAGACAAAAAUGACAAAUGA